UGCAACAUACAAGGCCACGCUCACAUGUAGAUUUCACCCUUUCUUCUUACCACAUGUUGAUUAUUUGUAUUAGCCUAUAGCUACAUACAUUUCAUACUAUCCAUAUUCCAUCCUCAAUAUCCAUCCAUCUAUAAUGGCAAUGGCUGACCCAAAAAUACUGGAAAGGACCGCCUUUGACCCUGUUAAACCACCCAAGAAGAACAAGUAUGCUCUUGGUUGUGCCGUCCUAGCUUCCAUGACUUCCAUCUUGCUUGGUUAUGAUAUUGGAGUAAUGAGUGGAGCAUCAAUCUACAUCAAAGAUGACCUCAAAGUGUCCGACGUGCAGAUCGAGAUCCUCAUCGGAAUACUCAAUCUGUACUCCCUCGUCGGCUCCGCCGCUGCUGGAAAAACGUCAGAUUGGAUUGGCCGGCGUUACACCAUCGUAUUCGCCGCCGCCAUAUUCUUCGUCGGAGCUCUUCUCAUGGGGUUCGCCACCAACUAUUCCUUUCUCAUGGUGGGCCGGUUUGUGGCCGGAAUAGGCGUGGGUUAUGCUCUCAUGAUUGCUCCGGUCUACACGGCCGAGGUUUCUCCAGCGUCGUCACGCGGAUUCCUCACAUCUUUCCCGGAAGUUUUCAUCAACGCCGGUAUCUUGCUCGGAUAUGUAUCGAAUUACGGAUUUUCGAAGAUGUCAGCACACCUGAGCUGGAGAUUUAUGCUCGGAAUCGGAGCGGUUCCUUCUGUAUUUCUAGCCCUGGGUGUCCUAGCCAUGCCCGAGUCACCUCGGUGGCUCGUCAUGCAGGGCCGGCUCGGGGACGCGAAACGCGUCCUCGACAAAACCUCAGACAGCCCAGAAGAAGCUCAGCUCAGACUCAUCGACAUCAAAGAAGCCGCCGGCAUUCCUCAAGAAUGCAACGACGACGUCGUCGCAAUCCCCAAACGCAGCAAAGACGAAGCCGUGUGGAAAGAGCUGCUGCUCCACCCCACUCCAGCCGUGCGUCACGUCUUGAUCGCCGCCGUGGGAAUUCAUUUCUUCCAACAAGCAAGUGGCAUAGACGCCGUCGUUUUGUACAGUCCCCGAAUCUUCGAAAAGGCCGGGAUCACUAACGAUAACGAGAAGCUACUCGCCACCGUGGCCGUCGGAUUCACCAAGACGUGUUUCAUCUUGGUGGCCACUUUCUUGCUCGACAAGAUCGGACGGCGGCCGUUGCUUCUGUCCAGCGUGGCGGGGAUGAUCGUGUCAUUGUUUCUGCUCGGCACAGCGUUGACCGUCAUUGACCAUACGGAUCACAAAGUGACGUGGGCCGUGGCUAUAGCUAUAUCCGGAGUCAUGGCUUACGUGGCGUUCUUCUCGAUCGGGAUGGGGCCCAUUACGUGGGUCUACAGCUCUGAGGUGUUCCCUUUAAGAUUAAGAGCUCAAGGGUGCAGUCUCGCAGUGGCGAUGAAUAGAGUGACGAGUGGUGUAAUUUCAAUGACAUUUAUAUCCUUGUACGAGGCUAUUUCGAUCGGUGGGGCCUUCUUUUUGUUUACCGGGGUGGCUUGCGUGGCAUGGGUGUUCUUUUACACUUUACUCCCUGAGACUCAGGGCAGGAAUCUCGAAGAGGUGGGUUUGUUGUUUGGGACUUACUUCAACUGGAGAUCAACUCUCAAGAAGUUGAAGAAAAAAGAGGCUAAUGAUAAGAUGAACAAGGAAGAGGCUGAGUUCAAAACGACUACAGCUCCCCAAAACUAGAAUUAGUUAACAUGUUUUAUAUGUAUAAUUAUAUUAUCAAAUCAAAUCAUACUUGUGUAUCUGCUUCCCCUUAUAUGCAAGUUGCAACUAUAUAGUUUACCAUGAA